AUGCCGUAUCCCGAACAUUUCAGUUGCUUUAUUUUGGCAUCUAGGCCCAAGAAUGAAAUCACGCCGGAAACGUUCCGCCUCGAGACUGUUCCAUUCAACCCUAAUCCCGGGCGAGGAGAAGUUCUGGUUCAGAUACAAUAUCUGUCCAUCGACCCUGCUCUUCGCCUAUUACUCAACGUAGAGGGAGCAUACAGAGAACCCGUAGAAAUUGGUGGAGUCAUGACCGGAAUCGGUCUUGGUGUUGUACUCCAGGCUGGCGCUGGCGCUUCGCUAGUUCCCGGAGACAUGGUCAGCGGAAGCCUUGGUUGGACAGAAUAUGCCAUCUUGGCUGAACAUAGCUUGACGAAAAUAGAUAUUCCCCGGGGUGGACAAGUAUUGGAUUUCCUGGGCCCAUUAGGCCAUAUUGGACUAACUGCUGUCGUCGGCCUAUUGGAUUACGGUCAGCUGAGAUCAGGCGAGACUUUACUCGUCUCUGGUGCGGCUGGCGCAGUCGGCGCCAUCGUAUGUCAGCUUGCUAAAGCACGGGGUGCAAAGGUCUACGCCAUUGCCGGCUCUGCAGAGAAAUGUGCAUACCUCGAAAACGAAGUCGGAGUCCACAAGGCUUUGAACUACAAGACCCCAAACUUCAAGGAGGAAUUUGCCGCAAUUGAUCCUUUCGAUGUCUUUUUUGAUAAUGUUGGCGGUGAGAUUCUCAACCUGGCGUUGACAAAGUUAAAUGUCCAUGCCCGGGUCGUGAUCUGCGGUCGUAUUGCUGGGUAUAAUAACAGCGAGCCCACGCCGUUGACCACUUACGGCAACCUACUACCAAAGCGCGCCAAGAUACUAGCAUUCAGCCUGGUAGACGAAGCCGCUCGAUUUGUGAAGGCGAAGGAAAUAUUGCUUAACGGCAUUCAGGAUGGCACGUUGCACCAGAAGUACCACAUUCUACAAGGACUCUCCACAGCGCCGAAGGCGUUGAACAUGCUUUUUAGCGGAGAGAACAAUGGAAAACUGGUUGUGAAGCUUUAA